AUGGCGACGUCAGGCUCGUUCUCGACGGCGGUUCCAGCAUACUUUCGCCAUCCCGCGCCGCUCCUGGACAAUUUAGAAACUGACACCUCGAGGCUCCAAAGUGCAACCAUCAACGAAUGUUUGCCGUUGCUAAAUGCCGUGGAAGAUCCCACACGAAGUCCAUUUGACUUUAAUGAGUUUGGGCUGCCGAGUUUGGAGAAAGAAGAGCAUAUCCAAUUCUUGCAAGAGAACCUUGGCGAAUUUCCUCCUCCAUUUGUUGGCAUCGAUGCUAGCCGUCCGUGGAUGGUAUAUUGGGCACUGCUAGGUCUUUAUCUCCUGGGAGAAGACGUGUCUCCGUUUCGUUCCAGGGUCGUCAAAACAUUCUAUUCAAUGCAAAAUGCGAGCGGAGGUUUUGGAGGCGGCUUUGGGCAGUAUUCGCAUUUGGCCGGAACAUAUGCAGGCUUGCUAAGUCUAGCACUUGUCGGUGGGCAGGAAGCCUACUCUUUGAUCGACCGCGAGGCAAUGUGGCAUUGGCUAGGGCGAUUGAAAGAGAAGGAUGGGGGUUUCCGGAUUUGUGAGGAGGGUGAGGAAGACGUUCGGGGAGCGUAUUGCGCCUUGGUUGCUCUCUCCCUCCUAAGCCUGCCUCUUUCGUUGCCGCCUGAUUCACCUGCGCGCGAGGCAGGCUUUGAAUUGUUCACGGAUGGUUUGGGCGAGUAUCUCUCCCGUUGUCAGACCUACGAGGGUGGGAUUGCGAGCUCGCCAGGCAGUGAAGCGCACGGGGCUUAUGCUUUUUGCACCAUCGCCUGUCUGUGUCUUCAUGCAGCCCCCCAUGAAAUGUCUUGCUAUGUUGAUAUAGACGGACUUCUUUCGUGGCUUUGUGCCAGGCAAUAUGCCCCUGAAGGGGGAUUUGCUGGACGGACCAACAAGCUCGUUGAUGGCUGUUACAGUCACUGGGUAGGAACUUGUUGGCCGUUGGUAGAGGCAGCCUUGGAUGGCCCUCGAGACACUCCUAAAGGUAUGGGCAGAAAUGUGAGUGAGAACCUCUACAGCAGCGAAGGCCUCUCCAGAUAUAUACUUUGCUGUUGCCAAGGUCCUCAAGGUGGACUGAGAGACAAACCAUCAAAGUUGCCAGACUCUUACCACACUUGCUACAAUCUAGUUGGGCUGAGUAACGUUGAUCACGCUCACACAUAUGAGAACCCAGGAAGUUCAGAGCCCUUUGCAUCAGCCUUCACCUGGGAAGCCGCUAGAGCGCAAGUACCGAGUGAAAGUGACCCGGGUAGCGUUUUCGACACCGGUGCUCAUGUCAGAAGUCUCAACCCAGUCUUCGUGAUACCUCAUAAUCGGGUCCUUGAGAUGCGCACAUGGACAGCUGCCAGGCCACUUAAGACUGCACUAUGA